UGUAGAGCCACAGGUGGAAGAUCCCUGCAGCAAGGAGCCUGACAGAGACAGUGAAGGCGUUCUCGCAGUGUCACAUCGGUAGUGCGCUGCUCACGCCUGGCUGCCUCCCAGCUACUCAGCUAUCUCCGUCUCUUCACGGCCUGGGUGGAUGCGUUCGGCGCUCGGCUCGGCCCCCUGGCUCCCCACUCUCCCCAGCCCAGGGCUUCUCCUGCUCGGUUCGCGGCCGGUGACAGCGGCUCCGGCGGAAAGGAAGAUGGCGACCGAGGGCAUGAUCCUCACCAAUCACGAUCAUCAAAUCCGCGUCGGUGUCCUGACAGUGAGUGACAGUUGCUUCAGGAACCUUGCAGAAGACAGAAGUGGAAUAAACCUUAAGGACCUCGUCCAAGAUCCUUCAUUAUUGGGCGGAACUAUAUCUGCAUAUAAGAUUGUGCCUGACGAAAUAGAUGAUAUUAAGGAAUCAUUAAUAGAUUGGUGUGAUGAAAAAGAACUUAAUUUGAUCUUAACAACAGGAGGAACUGGCUUUGCUCCAAGAGACGUUACACCAGAGGCCACAAGAGAAGUAAUAGAACGGGAAGCCCCAGGAAUGGCUCUGGCGAUGCUAAUGGGAUCCCUUAAUGUCACUCCCCUGGGAAUGCUCUCUAGGCCAGUAUGUGGAAUCAGAGGAAAGACACUAAUCAUCAACUUACCAGGUAGCAAGAAAGGGUCACAGGAAUGCUUUCAAUUUAUACUGCCAGCCCUACCUCAUGCCAUAGACCUUUUGAGGGACGCUAUUGUAAAAGUAAAAGAAGUACACGAUGAGUUGGAAGACUUGCCCUCACCGCCACCUCCCCUUUCUCCUCCUCCAACGACGAGCCCUCAUAAACAGACAGAGGACAAGGGAGUCCAGUGUGAAGAAGAGGAGGAAGAAAAGAAAGACAGUGGGGUUGCAUCAACUGAAGACAGUUCAUCUUCGCACAUCACCGCAGCCACGAUCGCAGCCAAGUCCAGCAUUGCUGCAAUCAUGGCAAAAGGCCAGGCAUCCAUCCCAGGUGUCAUCAGCCAUCACCCUACAGCCAAUGCAGUGGAACCAGGUUUCAUCAGCUGCUGCCACCACCACACUUCAUCCUCUGCUCCAGAACCAACUGUCUCCAGCUCUUCCCAUCACCUUUCAUCCAGUACUGUGAAACCAACUCUCAUUAGCUCUUCCCAUCACACUACAUCCAGUUCUUUGGAGCCAAGUCACUCCAGCUGUUCUCAUCAUGCUUCAUCCAGUUCUGUGGAAGCAGUUCCCACCAGUUGUUCCCAUCACACUACAUCGACUGCUCUGGAACCGAUUCCAGAUUCCAUCAUCUCUCGUGGGGUGCAGGUACUUCCGCGAGACACUGCAUCUCUCAGCACCACUCCCUCUGAAUCUCCAAGGGCGCAGGCUACAUCUAGACUCUCCACCGCUUCAUGCCCAACGCCAAAACAAAUUAGACGGCCGGACGAAAACAAAGUCAUUACUAAUAGAGUUGGAUCCUUCAAACUUCACCGAAAACUGGAGAAUCUCAGGGAUCACCUGCAAGGCAAUGACAAAGGAUACUCUCUCCGAGUAAAUGCUCGGCUUCCUUCCUGCUCAUCCACCUAUAGUGUUUCAGAGGACAUUUGGAUUGCUGCCCCCUCCUUUUCUCAGCUCCACUAUAAAUUGGAAGGGCUUAAAGAUGAACUCAGGAGGAAUAGAGGCUGCGAAACAAGAGUCCAAUCCAGAUGUAGCAGCAAGGAGAACAUUCUUAGAGCUAGUCACAGUGCUGUUGAUAUCACCAAGGUAGCAAGAAGACACCGCAUGUCUCCCUUUCCACUAACAUCUAUGGACAAAGCAUUUAUCACAGUUUUGGAAAUGACGCCUGUUCUUGGAACUGAAAUAAUAAAUUAUCGAGAUGGAAUGGGCCGCGUGCUUGCCCAAGAGGUAUACGCAAAAGACAAUUUACCUCCAUUUCCUGCAUCAGUAAAAGAUGGAUAUGCAGUAAGAGCUGCCGAUGGCCCUGGAGAUCGUUUCAUCAUUGGUGAAUCCCAAGCUGGAGAGCAGCCAACUCAGACAGUGAUGCCAGGGCAGGUUAUGAGAGUAACAACAGGUGCCCCUAUCCCGUGUGGUGCUGAUGCUGUGGUCCAAGUGGAAGACACGGAACUAAUAAGGGAGUCAGAUGAUGGAACGGAGGAGCUAGAAGUACGUAUCUUGGUGCAAGCUCGUCCAGGCCAGGAUAUCAGACCAAUUGGCCAUGACAUUAAAAGAGGAGAGUGCGUACUGGCGAAGGGCACCCAUAUGGGUCCUUCAGAAAUCGGCCUGCUAGCAACUGUUGGUGUCACAGAAGUGGAAGUCCACAAAUUUCCAGUCGUCGCCGUCAUGUCAACAGGAAAUGAGCUUUUGAAUCCUGAAGAUGACCUCUUGCCGGGAAAAAUCCGUGACAGCAACCGGUCUACACUAUUAGCAACAAUUCAGGAACACGGCUACCCGACCAUCAACCUGGGGAUUGUGGGAGACAACCCAGAUGACCUGUUAAAUGCCUUAAAUGAAGGUAUAAGCCGUGCCGAUGUCAUCAUCACAUCAGGGGGCGUAUCCAUGGGGGAGAAGGAUUACCUUAAGCAGGUCCUGGAUAUUGAUCUCCACGCACAAAUCCAUUUUGGUCGAGUAUUUAUGAAGCCAGGCUUGCCAACCACCUUCGCAACCUUGGACAUCGAUGGUGUAAGGAAAAUCAUAUUUGCACUCCCAGGAAACCCUGUGUCAGCAGUUGUUACCUGUAAUCUCUUUGUUGUACCAGCACUAAGAAAGAUGCAGGGAAUCCUGGAUCCAAGACCCACAAUCAUCAAAGCCAGGUUAUCGUGUGACGUGAAGCUAGAUCCACGCCCAGAAUACCAUCGCUGCAUACUGACUUGGCAUCACCAAGAGCCACUGCCUUGGGCACAGAGUACAGGAAAUCAGAUGAGCAGUCGUCUGAUGAGUAUGCGCAGUGCCAAUGGACUUUUGAUGCUACCUCCAAAGACAGAGCAGUAUGUGGAACUUCACAAGGGAGAGGUGGUAGACGUCAUGGUUAUUGGAAGGCUAUGAUGAUGCCCGGGCGCGAGGGGGAAGCUCUGAUGCAUGUCCACAUAUCAUUGACUGUAUCCUGUAAUAUGCAACGGCACAGCUAGUCUUUUUUUUUUUUUUUUUUUUUUUUUUUUUUUGGAUCUGGAUAAAAGAUGAUCAGUAUAGUCGACAUCUUGAACUAAAAAAAAAAUGACUUCGGAGGAGGAAAACAAAAAAAAUCUAAAAAAGAAAAAAAAAAGUCUUUUUCCAAAAAAAAGAAAAAAACUAAAUUAAAAAAAAAAAAAGAACCCUCUUAUAAAACCUUUAUUCUGAUUAUAUCAAGGCAACCUUUUCCGUCAUUGCAAUUGCUUUGUGUGUUAAAAUGCUAGGUCGGAUAGCAGUAGCUUUUAGUAGACAGCAGUAGAUGCCUGCAAAACUUGUGUUUCUCUCAUCCUUAAACUACAAAAAUAACGAAGCUCUUAAACGAGGCUGUCUGCUUACUUUAUACUAGCUUAGAUGACACUGCUCUUUCCCUUAUCAGUAUGCUUCAUAACCGCUUCACAAGAGAGCGCUCUGCUUGUUCUUAAUCUUGUUAAUUGUGUUGAUGUGCACAGUGCCAAAUUCGACUUGGGAUCAGGGGUGGGGGGCGCCACCUUGCUAGCAAGGAAAGGCAAGGCUCGCGAUCCUCGCUCAGCUCACUACUAUUGGGCAGUAACUCAAUACCUUUUCUUUAAAUAAAAACAAAAAAAAAAUUGCUUCCUUAAGUGCUGACAGCCUUUUUAACCAAUACAUUUAAAAAAAAAAAUGUACAGAAAAAAAAAUAUCAAAAACUGAUCUUGUACAGAAAACAGUGUACCAGCAUUCAAUAGGAAAUUUAAAAUAAAAAAAAGCAAAGAAAAUAUUGAAGAACUCUGUACCAUAACAUUUUCUGUAAUGAUAUUGAAACAAGAUUAAUUAAAUCCUUGAUCAUUAUUUUAAAAAAAAAA